CGGCGGCGGCGACGGCGGCGGCGCGGGGCUGCUGGAGGCGGAGGCGGAGCGGCGCGGAGGAGCGCGGGCCGCCGCCACGGCGCCCGGAGCAUUCUGUGUUUUGCAAAGAACUGUGGACUCCUUGGCUGACAAAUCUCAUGGAAAUGGAAUCUCCUUGGCUGUCCUUCAUCUACAUUCAAGUGGUUUGUAAGACUCCAGGGCCUUCAAGUCGUGAUUAUGAGAUGGUUCCUGAAAUGAUUGGGAAAACAGACAUUUUGCAUGACAGUUGAAGAUUGUAUGUCUGUGCAUAUUUACAAUUUUUAUAUACAUACACGUUUACAUGAGAAGACGGGCUCAUUCUUGGCACACUUGAAGAGUUUCACAACUGAUGAAAAUUAACUUAAGAAUCAGAUGGAGCAACUUGACACCGCUGGGCUCAGGAGCCCAGGGAGAAAAAUACAUCACUAAUGGCCAGUUUUCCAUAUGGUCUUCACGGGUAAAGAAAGUUUGCAAAAAGAAGAAAAAAAAAACUUGCACAGAUCAAGCCUCAAAAAUACCUCUCUGGUUUAAAGCAGGAACUAAGUGAGAAGGUGGCUGAGGGAGAAGUGUGAUUUCAGGCAUUGCUGGGGGUCAUGCAGUGACUUUUGCACUUUAUUUUUCAGUGGGUUUGGUGAUUUGAACAGACAUUAAAAUUCUGGACUGAAAAGUAGCUCUUCCUGUAUGGUUAUGACUGGAGGAAAAGCAAGUUCAGGUGUGAUGGGACAAGUUUGAACAAUGAACUGAUUCCUUUGCCUUUUUCAGUUAACUGUAUUCAAGAAAUUUUAAUUUAUUAUAUCCCCUUUCCUUUCCUGUAUUUCUAUAGGAUAAUAUCUUAAAGUAGCAAUUGAAACCAAUAAUUAAUGAAGUAAGGAUCAAGGAACAUCCAAGCAAAGCUUUUUCCUUGUACUAUACAUGUGACAUUUAGAAACAGUCUGUGAAUGUGAACAGGAAAGUGUUCAUCAGCAAAACAGGAUAACUUUUUAGGGAAACACUGGGGAAGAACCCUGCUCUUGCCUGUGUUUUUGUUUUAAGGGGUUCUCUUCCCUGUUGAGUUCAAGAAGACCUGCAUAUAAUAGGAGGAUUACUUAAUGGACUUAAUUCUGAGAUUGUUUUUUUUUCCUUCAAGAUGCAAGAUGGAAAAAUAUGUGAUCUUUAGGAGCAGAAAAAGGAGAGGUGACUAGGGUAGGGUGGAAGGAGACGUGGCAAGAGACGGAAUCCUGCAAGAAGGUUCCAUUUUGGUCAGCAUGGCGAUUUAGUAUUCACCAGAGCAAAUGCUUAGCCCACUUUAAGAGCUUUGGAAUGUUCUGGCUCUGCUGAGUGGAGGGGCUUUCCCUGUGUCUCUAUGGCACUGAGCAGUGUGCUGGCUUGCAGAGGGACAGUCAGAUGGAGCCCAGCUCUCCCUGGGGACACAGCGACCUGCCGGCAAACUGGGCUGGGCUCUGAGGUAGAAAGUGUCUGGUUCUGAACGGUGGAGAAAGAGUCUUUUUUUUCUUCCUAAACUUGGACUGUUGUCUGCACAAACUCUGGUCUGUUUUGCACAGUUUGUGUGCCUUUUUUUCCAUUUAUGCAAUCUUUUUCAGCUUUAGCAGCAGAAAUUUGUCUAGUUGAGAAAACAUGCCAGAGGGUGGUUUCAGAAGGAAGAUGAUCCCAUGGGCUCUGUUUCUGCAUCUGAACUUUUGAAGAGAAAACUCCAGCUCGAGGGAUUCUUAAAGCCUUAAGUUACUUGAAAUCUAUGUAUUUGCAACCCUUUGUCUCUGGAAUCAUAUUACACUAAACUGGAAUCUCAGGCUGAAUGAGAAUAACCAAGUUGAGUUAAAAGAAGAAAACUCAGUUUCUUGAUCACCACAUAUUAACAAUGCUCUUUCUCCAAAGGGUCAGCCUGCUCUUCCUCUGAAGACUUGAAAAUAAAAAUGGACCCCAUGUUUUUUUUAAGCAUUAUCUUUUCUUAGCAGACUAACAUCAUCUUUUAUAGAGGAAUUUUUUCACUAUGCAUUCGGUGGAUCUUUAUAAAAUUCUGACCUUCUGAUUAGGUCCAGCUCAGUCUUGAUUAAAAGGGGUCAGGGAAAACAAGGCAAGCCAAUCACAAAAAUUAGAUCAGUCAAUGAAAGGAAUCGGUUUACAUUUUUCAGCAUUCAGCAUUACUUUUUAAGUAAACAGUUCAUUGAGAAAAAGUAUGUAUGCAGCGGUGGAACAUGGGCCUGUCCUUUGCAGCGACUCCAACAUCCUCUGCCUGUCCUGGAAGGGACGUGUUCCCAAGAGUGAGAAGGAGAAGCCGGUGUGCAGGCGACGCUACUACGAAGAGGGCUGGCUGGCCACGGGCAACGGCCGGGGUGUCGUAGGUGUCACUUUCACCUCCAGCCAUUGCCGCCGGGACAGGAACACUCCCCAGAGAAUAAACUUCAAUCUGCGGGGCCACAACAGCGAGGUUGUGCUGGUGAGGUGGAAUGAGCCAUACCAGAAGCUGGCCACAUGCGACGCAGACGGAGGGAUAUUUGUAUGGAUUCAGUAUGAAGGGAGGUGGUCUGUGGAACUGGUCAACGACCGUGGGGCUCAGGUGAGUGAUUUCACAUGGAGCCACGAUGGAACACAAGCGCUUAUUUCAUAUCGAGAUGGGUUUGUCCUGGUUGGCUCUGUCAGUGGGCAGAGACAUUGGUCAUCUGAGAUCAACUUGGAAAGUCAGAUCACAUGUGGCAUAUGGACUCCCGAUGACCAACAGGUGCUGUUUGGCACGGCUGAUGGGCAGGUGAUCGUCAUGGACUGCCACGGCCGGAUGCUGGCCCAUGUUCUCCUGCACGAGUCCGACGGCAUCCUCAGCAUGUCCUGGAACUACCCUGCCUUCCUGGUGGAGGACAGCAGCGAGAGCGACACCGACUCGGAUGACUACUCCCCACCCCAAGAUGGUCCAGCAGCAUAUCCCAUCCCGGUGCAGAACAUCAAGCCGCUACUGACCGUCAGCUUCACCUCGGGGGACAUCAGCUUAAUGAACAACUAUGAUGACUUGUCUCCUACCGUCAUCCGCUCAGGGCUGAAAGAGGUGGUGGCUCAGUGGUGCACACAGGGAGACCUCCUGGCAGUUGCUGGUAUGGAACGGCAGACCCAGCUCAGUGACCUUCCCAACGGCCCUCUUCUGAAGAGUGCCAUGGUCAAGUUCUACAAUGUUCGAGGGGAGCACAUCUUCACACUGGACACACUUGUGCAACGCCCUAUCAUCUCCAUCUGCUGGGGACACCGGGACUCGCGGCUGCUGAUGGCCUCAGGACCCGCCCUGUACGUGGUCCGCGUGGAGCACCGGGUGUCCAGCCUGCAGCUGCUCUGCCAGCAGGCCAUUGCCAGCGCCCUGCGAGAAGACAAGGACGUCAGCAAGCUGACGCUGCCCCCACGCCUUUGCUCCUACCUCUCCACUGCCUUCAUCCCCACCAUCAAGCCCCCAAUUCCAGACCCCAACAACAUGCGAGAUUUUGUCAGCUACCCGUCAGCGGGCAACGAGCGUCUGCACUGCACCAUGAAGCGCACAGAGGACGACCCGGAGGUGGGCGGCCCUUGCUACACACUCUACCUGGAGUACCUGGGCGGGCUCGUGCCCAUCCUCAAGGGGCGGCGCAUCAGCAAGCUGCGGCCCGAGUUUGUCAUCAUGGAUCCCCGGACAGAUAGCAAAUCAGAUGAAAUCUAUGGAAACAGCUUGAUUUCUACCAUGAUUGACAGCUGCAACUGCUCAGAUUCCAGUGACAUCGAACUGAGUGACGACUGGGCUGCCAAGAAAUCUCCCAAAAUCUCCCGAGCUAGCAAAUCACCCAAACUCCCAAGAAUCAACAUUGAGGCUCGGAAGUCUCCCAAGCUGUCCCGGGCCGCGCAGGAGAUAUCCAGGUCUCCUCGGUUGCCGAUGCGCAAGCCCUCCAUUGGCUCGCCCAGCCUGACGCGAAGAGAGUUUCCCUUUGAAGACAUCACUCAGCACAACUAUCUUGCUCAGGUCACGUCUAAUAUCUGGGGAACCAAAUUUAAGAUUGUGGGCUUGGCUGCUUUCCUGCCAACCAACCUUGGUGCAGUAAUCUAUAAAACCAGCCUCCUGCAUCUCCAGCCGCGGCAGAUGACCAUCUAUCUCCCAGAGGUUCGGAAGAUUUCCAUGGACUAUGUGAAUUUACCUGUCUUCAACCCAAAUGUUUUCAGUGAAGAUGAAGAUGAUUUACCAGUGACGGGAGCCUCUGGUGUACCUGAGAACAACCCCCCUUGUACCGUGAACAUCCCCAUCGCACCCAUCCACAGCUCUGCUCAAGCUAUGUCCCCCACGCAGAGCAUAGGACUGGUGCAGUCUCUGCUGGCCAAUCAGAACGUGCAGCUGGAUGUCCUGACUAAUCAGACGACGGCAGUGGGGACAGCUGAGCACGCAAGUGACAAUGCCACCCAGUACCCAAUCUCCAACCGCUACUCCAGCCCUGGACAGGUGAUCUUCGGGGGUGUGGAGAUGGGCCGCAUCAUCCCGACACCCCCGCAGUUGUCCCUGCCACCGCCCUCACAGGGGGCCAUCCAGCUGUCGGUGGUGGACCAUGGAGACCGGGACCACGACCAUCUGCAGAAAUCAGCCAAGGCCCUGCGGCCAGUGCCGCAGCUGGCUGCCGAGGGGGACGCCGUGGUGUUCAGUGCCCCUCAGGAGGUCCAGGUGGCAAAGAUGAACCCCCCACCGCCCUACCCAGGAACCAUCCCUGCCGCCCCCACCACCGCGGCACCCCCACCCCCGCUGCCUCCCCCACAACCCCCAGUGGAUGUGUGCCUGAAGAAGGGCGACUUCUCACUGUACCCCACGGCGGCGCACUUCCAGACACCCCUGGGCUACGAGAGGAUCACCACCUUCGACAGCAGCGGCAACGUGGAGGAGGUGUGCCGGCCCCGGACCCGGAUGCUCUGCGCCCAGAACACCUACACCCUCCCCGGCCCCGGCAGCUCAGCCACCCUGAGGCUCACUGCCACUGAGAAGAAGGUCCCCCAGCCCUGCACCAGUGCGACCCUGAACCGCCUGACCAUCCCGCGCUACUCCAUCCCCACGGGGGACCCUCCCCCAUACCCCGACAUCGCAGGCCCUCUGGCCUCCUGCCGGGGCACAGCGCAGAGGCCCGACAGCCUCAUCCACGCCACGCUGCGCAGGAACAACCGCGAGGUGGCACUCAAGGCAGCGCAGCUGGCCGAGUCCCCGCGCACCCUGCCGCAGCACCCGGCCAAGCCGAAGGGCGCGGCACCGUUCCCCGCGCGGCCCCCGACCGCGCUGUACACCUGCAGCCAGUGUAGCGGCGGCGCAGCGGGCCGGCAGGAGCCGGGUGCGGGGGGCGCGCAAGCCAGCGCCUCCCCGCUGGCCUCCCAGUCGUCCUACAGCCUCCUGAGCCCGCCCGACGGCGCUCGCGAGCGCGCCGACUACGUCAACUCGGCCUUCACCGAGGACGAGGCGCUGGCCCAGCACUGCCAGGUGGAGAAGCCCCUGAGGCACCCUGCGCUUGGCGAAGCUGCUGUGCCUGCGAAACGGCUACCCCCGUACCAGUGGGACCCUGUGCUCGGGGAGGACGUCUGGGUUCCUCAGGAAAGGACAGCACAGCCUGCAGUGCCCAACCCCCUGAAACUGCCCACUCUGAUGGUCGGGCAGAGCCAGCAGCACCUGGAUGUGUCCCGAGUGCCCUUCGUCUCCCCCAAACCUCCCUCCAGCCCUACUGCCACUUUCCAAACAGGCUAUGGGAUGGGAGUGCCCUACCCUGGAUCCAGCUAUAACACCCCCCCUUUGCCGGGAGUGCAGGCUCCCUGCACCCCAAAGGACGCCCUGUCCCCAACACAGUUUGCACAACAGGAGUCCGCCGUGGUUCUUCAGCCGGCCUACCCGCCCAGCCUCUCCUACUGUACCUUGCCCCCCAUGUACCCAGGAAGCAGCACCUGCUCGAGUUUACAGCUGCCACCUAUCGCCUUGCACCCCUGGAAUUCCUACAGCGCGUGCCCGCCCGUGCAGAACCCCCAGAGCACUCUCCCUGCCAAGGCACACUUGGUGGUGGAGAAGCCCCUCGUGUCCCCGCCGCCCACCGACCUGCAAAGCCACCUGGGUACAGAGGUGAUGGUAGAGACUGCAGACAACUUCCAGGAAGUCCUCUCCCUGACGGAAAGCCCAGUCCCCCAGCGGACAGAGAAAUUCGGGAAGAAGAACCGGAAGCGCCUGGACAGCAGAGCGGAGGAAGGGAAUGUUCAGGCCAUCACUGAGGGCAAAGUGAAGAAAGAGGCUCGGACUCUGAGUGACUUCAAUUCCCUGAUCUCCAGCCCCCGCCUGGGGAGAGAGAAGAAGAAAGUGAAGAGUCAGAAAGACCAGCUCAAGUCCAAGAAGCUGAGUAAGACGAGUGAGUUCCAGGACAGCUCGGAGAGCGAGCCAGAACUGUUCAUCAGCGGGGACGAGCUGAUGAAUCAGAGCCAGGGCAGCAAGAAGGGCUGGAAGAGCAAGAGGAACCUGCGCACCGCCAGUGAGCUGGAGGAGUUCAAGUGCCGGAAAGCCAGCGAGAAGGAGGACGGACGGCUGGGCAGCCAAGGCUUCGUGUAUGUCAUGGCCAACAAGCAGCCGCUGUGGAAUGAGGCCACGCAGGUGUACCAGCUGGACUUUGGGGGGCGGGUGACCCAGGAGUCGGCAAAGAACUUCCAGAUCGAGCUGGAGGGGCGGCAGGUGAUGCAGUUUGGAAGGAUCGAUGGCAAUGCGUACAUUCUGGACUUCCAGUACCCCUUCUCAGCUGUGCAGGCCUUCGCAGUCGCCCUGGCCAAUGUGACUCAGCGCCUGAAAUGAAGAGGCCAGAUGGGGAGGAGAAAGAGAGGCAAAGGAGCCCUUUCCAAGAGGUCUGAUUGGAGAUACCAGGGGAGCCCUCACGGGCUCCGGUGCCUGGAGAUCAGAAGACAAGAGCCAAACUGGGAAAGUCUGUCCGGCCCAGGAGAGGGCAUUGAUCUGUAAUCCUUGUCAUUCAUUUGGACUUUUAUUAUCCUUUAUUGUCUUUCUUUCUUCUUUCUUUGUAAACAAAAACAAAAUGCAGGAGAGUGGUAUUUGGGAGGUAAGGGUGCAAGGCACCUGGUGUUCUAGGAAGUGUGAUCGAUAACGUCCGUCUGGGCUUGCAGUGUCUGCUACUGGGUCAAGGGGCCCUUCAGAAGGAAGAUGGACCGACUGCCUCAUGGCCCGCAGUUCUUUCAUACCAGGGAGUAGGUGUUAUUUUCAUUCUACACAACAUCCAACUUUUAUUACUCCUCCAAUAUCACCACUAGUGUAAAAAACUUCUUUAAAAGACAACCAAAAAUCCUGAAGGUACAGGUUCUCUUGGGGAGGAAAAUGUUUAAUUCAUACAUACUAUGUUACUCUCCCAAAGGUGACUUGAUUAAUGAAGGGUAUUUUGGCAAAUGCACUGUGUUUGACUAAUAAAAGUAGGCUUUUGAUGGGGGUGCUAUUACCAUGUGUGAAGACGCCCUGCUCCCGUUGAAGUCGGGGAGGGCUGCUGGGGAGGAGGCCCUCCUGCACAUGUGCUUGCGGGGGUCGUGCAGUAUGACUUGAAAUAGUCCAAGGGCUAUGCUCCUCUGCAGGGGGAUGUUUACAUUGAAGAAUCCACUAGUUUUGUAACAUGUCCAAAUUCCAUAGGUUCAGUGUGACUGCCUUCAGGAGAAGGUACAAGCCAAGAGUGGGACGACCCCAGAGUGUGGUGGGUGGCGCGUUUCUCACCCAGUGCAGUGGUAAGUCACUGGAUACCCACCCACUUGCUGAGAAGCAGCCUUUAUUCCCUCCCCCCUUCUAUUGUUUAAUCUGGGAAAUGUUGAUAGUGGACAUUAUCUUUCCCGUUAGAUGCCAGUGUUCUACACUUUCUCUUCCCAAUGCUGAUGAUACCAAUUUGAAAACACUCCUUUCCUCUUCUCGGCUACAUCAAAAUUCAGUUGAUUAGAGAUGUUUUCCAAUAGAUUAGAAAUGUAACCCAAAAUUUUUAAACAUUUGCCAGGGUAUUCAAAGAGAGUUAUCAUCCUACAUAAUUCUUUGACAAAAGCCCCACAGUCUUCUCUAGGAAAAAAAGUUGUUUAUUAAUUGUAUAGACUGUUUACUGAGGAGAUAAGCCACUGGGAAAACAUUAUUUAAAUUGUAGUACUUACGGUAGUUGGUUGACUACUCUAUAUAAAUUGCAGGAAAAAAAAAAGCCACUAAGAGGAUCUUUUCCCACCUCCCCUCGUGCGGUGCCACCUUGUCGGGCAGUAUGCAGUCCUGGUGACCAGACCCAGCUCGUUUCUUUCUUUCUUUCUUUCUUUCUUUCUUUAUAUCUCUGAUGUUGCUUAGGGCAGGAGCACAAUAACUGGCUACUGGCUUAGGGUCCAAAAUUCGGAUUUUGUUUGAGAACAGACAAGUGGAAGAUAAUUGCAGAAAAGUAUUUUCAAAAUAUGUAUUUUUAAAAUUUCCUGUUUGGGUUUAAAAAUUAGAAAAGAAUCUGGCCCCUUCCUUUGCCAGAGCAAGACGAUGUCACUCACCAUUCUUUCUAGACCCCAAAGAAACACAGUGUUUUUAAAUAUGAUGAAAGACAUCUCCCAAACCAGAGUUUCCCAUUUUAUAUUUUAAAAUAUUGAACCUGAUUCUUUGGUGGGUAAAUUCUUCCAGAAAGAAUUUAGCAAUGCAUUCAGAUUUAUGUAAGUCUUUUAUAUGAGUUUCUGUAGCUUGAUGUGAUGUUUCCAUGCUUACUUUUAGUUGUGCAAUAAUGGUUAUGGCCUAUUUCUAAAAUAAUUUAAAUGCAAUUCCUUUGUUUUAUUGUCCAAGAGGUAAUUAUUUAUCUUGCUUUAAUACUAUUCUUAGGAAUUAUUUUGUUACUAUGUGCUGGUGAGUUAUGCCCAUUUUAUUAUUUAUUUAGAAAAAUAGUAUGUUUGUAACGACUUAUUUGGUAGCAGUAUGUUUUGCCGCAAGAAAUAAAGAGAAUAUGACAGGAGGUUUUUUUGCUGGACAAUUUGUAACUUUUUCUGAUUGGGAAAAAAAUUCCUAGUAAUCCUUUAAAAAUAAUUCUUUUUUUGCAUUUUGUGGUAUUGAUUAUAUACAAAGAAGAAGAUUUGAGAUAGCAUAUCCUAAAAUAAUAUUACCCCUUUUGAAAAUUUUAUUUUUAAUCAAAAAUAAAAGGUGAUAUGAAAUGAAGAGGGCAGGCUUAUUAGGAGAGGAGCCAAGCAAGGGAUUACUAGUAAUCAGCUUCAGUUGUUACAGUUCUGAUUGGUUUUUGAGAUAUAAAGACCGUAAAAGGGUACAUUUUAGAAUUUUUUAGAGUAAGAAUAAAUAUAGGUGGAAAUAGUUGGAAUAAAAACUACAAAUAAAUGUGUGAAGAAAAAGUGAGUAUUUGAAACAAAUCAUCAACUAGCUAAAUUUAGCUCACUCCCCCAAAGGCCUUUUCUCCUGUGGAGGGAGACAAACGCUGCAGUCUCGGCUGUUUUACAUUCUGGGGCGUGGCCUCUGAGGGAGCUGCCCUGCCCGCCUCCACUCAUCCCGCCCACAGGAGGGCUGGGGGCGGGGCCCCUCGGCCCAGGGCUCUUCUGCAGAAGUCGGCGGGAGUUGUAAUGAGGUCUUUUAAGUUAAUGGUGAUGGUUUUACUUAUUCUAAAAAUUGUUUUCAUUCAGUCAGUCCCAAUCUAUUAAACGCUAAUAAAGUCAGCAGAAUUCUUUAAACAGCAGAAUUCUAGGUACUUCAUGUUUAUUAAUAGCAAUUUAUGAGUAUUAAGAUACCUUAUUGUAUCUCUAAACUUAAAAACAUUAGUCCACUAGUCAACUAAUUAAAGAAUCCAUGCUUUUUUGAGGGAAGUGGUAUAUUAAUGAGGCAUAAACCCAAUUUUAAAUUUGUUUUAACUCUAACCUCAUCAAACCAAAGGCAUAGAUUGGUGUACAGUAUACCCAUUGAAUGUAUGUCCAAAGAAAAAUUGGUACCAAGGAAGCAAGAAAAUGUCAAAGCUCUUAAUGACAGUAGAAGUCAAGAUUUUGCAGAUUAGUACUUUAUCCAAACACAUACGUCCAUGAUGUCAUAGCAGAAAGUCAGGGGGACCCAGGUUCAAGCCUGCUCUUCCAAAGAGUUGGAGGAGGUCCUUGGGCCUAUUCUUACCCAUCUAUAAAAUGAAAGAGGUGGCCUGGUUAAUCAUCUAAACUCCUGUCCCACUCUAGCAGCCUGAGGGCUCAAAAUGUGACAGCUUCUUCAUUCCAUAUUACAAACUUGGAAGGUAUGUUUCAAGAUACUACCUUUUUGUAAAGAAGUAUUUUCCUAUGGUAAUGAGCUAUCAUCUACUGAAUGUAAACCAGUGCAUUUAAAAUCGUAUCUUUAGCAGGUUCACCUUUAGAAGCAAAUGCAUUUGGAAUCAUCUUUGUUUUUAUUAAAUUACACAAAAGCACCAUUUCCAGGUAAGACAGAAGGGCUUCCCCAGGCGCGUGCCCUGCUCGGUGGACACCCUUGAGAACAGCCCUAAAAUAAGUCACCACUUACCCCAAAGACUGUAGAGUGGGUUGAAAAAAGAACAAAGGAAUAUCUGCCUAGAUUGGCUUGAAUUUUGGGGUGUGCUCUGCAGUGUCACACCUUCAAGUUCAAAAGAUUUCUUGAAAAGGAACCCCUUUGUGUCCCUGCGGGGGCAAUCUAUCUCUUGGCCAAGUCAGUGGUUAUGAACAAAGUUGAGACAAAAUGUGUCAAAAACGUUGAGUUCCUGGGAUUUGGUAACAGCACACAACUCAAAACUCUUCACCAUUUGUAUUAUCCACGGCUGAUAAAAUUCUGAAGGGUUGUGGCUUAUUUUGUUUUUGUUUCUUUGGCUUCGUGCAAUUUUAUUGUAACUUUACUUGUACCUAUAUUUUCUGUUUACAAGUUCUUUUAAAGGGGAGGGGAGGGUUCUAAGAUCUUGUUGUUUAUUGUAGAUAAUUUUUUUUCAUGUUGUAGAAAAGCAUGGGUUAUGCGUUUGACUGAAAAAGGCACUGUAUUAUUUACCAAAGGGGUAUUGUUUUUGCAUUUGUUUAUAAAUGCAUUAUUUUGGUACUGUAAAUUUGGACAUAAUUUCUGAGUUUAUUACUACUGGCAUUUUCUUUUUUUCUUUUUCUUUUUUAAUUGGAAGUGCACAAUGCAGGUGCACAGGUCCCAGACCAAACCAGACCACCAGCAUGUUCUUGUCCAAACCUUGGGAAUGGCGCGCGCCACUCUGCACGCCUCAGUCUCUCUAAUGUUGGUUUGUUUGUUUUUCAACUCAGCAUCCAACUAUGUGUUACUUUCCAAGCAAGAUCUGUUCAGAUUCCCAGUUGCAUUCUAACGAGCUCACCCUUAUUUGCCUCUCUUCUUCUGUAUUUUGUGUAUUAGAUUGUGCAGGAGGUAUUCUAGAAGGCAUUAAUGGUUUGCAUUCAAAAUGAUGUGGUUUGUCUAAAUUAUUUUCUGUCUUUAUUAUUGAGAAGGAUUAAGCUCCUUAUUUUUUUCUUGAUGAUUUCAAGUUGUAAGAGUUGUCCAGCUAUUGCUUAAUAAAAUUUUGCAGAUCAAAAA